AUGUUCCGCGCUCGGCCAAAUCAUAUCCGUCCGACUGAAGUCUCGGCCAAAGUCCAAACCGUCGGCCGAUCACGCAACGACCCGGGAAACAUUGUCCCGCGGUCGGCCAAGCCAAACGCUCACGCCACAGCCGCGCACGACCAAGCGCGCGAGCCGGGAAACAAGGCCUCGCGGCCGCGCAACUCGUUCGCGUACCACGGCCGAUGCAUCCGUCCGACCGGGAAAGAACGUCCCACGUCCGGCCGAGAAUUCCAUCGGCCAAACUCGAUCCGCUCGACCACGCCGGCCGACCGUGACAACAUCCGCCCCCGAUCGUCCCGAAGCCCUUUUGAAGCCCAAACUUAUGUUUUCAAGCCCGGCUUAACCCUAGCCGCCUCUAGAAAGACCUAG